UUGGUUAUAAUUGAAAAAUUUGAAAAAGGCAUUAAAAACAAAACAUUAUCCAGUGAAUUUAAUGUGCCGCACAACACGAUUUCAUCCAUAAUCAAAAAUAAGAUCCAAAUUCGUGAAAAGGUAAGAAUAAAGGUUUUAACUGCUGAUGUUCAAUAUACCAAAAUGUAAAAAAUUUACAGGCUCGUCGGUUUUCGCUAGAAUUCAAAAAAACUCGCUCGGUUCAGUAUGAUGCCGUAGAAAAAGCUGUUAUGCUUUUUUGCCAGCAGGCGAUUUCGUAUAAUAUCCCCCUAUCUGGCGUGAUCAUAAAAGAAAAAGCCAAUGAGCUCGCAGCGAAACUAGAGAAAAAAUCAUUUAAAGCCAGCGACGGAUGGUUCCAAAAAUUCGUCAAAAGGAAUGGGCUUUCGUUUAAAACUGCAAGUGGUGAAAGUGCAGCUGUUGAUGUCGGAGCUGCUGAGCAGUUCAAAUCCGAUGCGUUACCGCUAUUGAUUGCUGACUAUAGCCCACAAGAUAUUUUUAAUAUGGAUGAAACGGGUUUAUUUUUCAAAUGCUUACCCAAUAAGACAUAUUGCUUCAAAAGCGAUAAAUGUCACGGAGGCAAAAAUUCCAAAGAGCGAAUCACAGUUGUUGUGGCAACAAAUAUGGACGGAUCGGAAAAGUUAGAACUUUUGGUCAUUGGUAAGAGUGCCAAACCUAGAUGUUUUAAAAACAUUAAGAACCUUCCAGUGAUCUACAAAAGCAACAAAAAUGCGUGGAUGGUGAGCGCGUUGUUUGAAGAAUGGAUUUUAAACCUGGAUGAGAGAAUGGUGUCUGAAGGAAGACGUAUCAUUUUGUUCAUCGAUAAUUGUCCUAGCCAUCCAAAUAUUCAACAAAAAUUAAGAAAUUGCAGACUGCAAUAUUUUCCUCCAAACAUGACUUCUGUGCUCCAACCACUUGAUCUUGGAAUAAUUAAAGCUUUGAAAGUGUACUACCGCAACAAAUUAGUAAGAGACCAACUGAAUGCGAUAGAAAAAGACGAAUUGUUGAAUGUCAACCUCCUACAGUGUGUUUGUAUGCUAGCUGAUGCGUGGCAAAAUCAUGUCAAACAAUCCACAAUUGUUAAUUGCUUCGUCAAAGCUGGCUUUGUGAAAUCAGAUAAUUUGAUUUGCAUCAAUGAAAACAGCAUUGAUAACGACCCACUAGAGGAAAAUGUAUUCCGAUCGAAUUUUGAAGCACUCGCUGAGCAAGGUUUUGAUUCUUUUGAAGACUACGUGACUUUUGACGACAAUUUAUGCGAAGGAGCAAUUUUGUCUGACGAAGACAUCAUAAAAACAGUGCAAGAGCAAUCAUCUAUUGAUAACGAUGAUGAUGAAAUUCAUUCAGUACCUGACGAUGUAGUUGACAAUGAAACUAUAAGCACACCCUCUCAAAACCAGCUAGAAGAUGCUUUCCAAACGAUUUAUGCUGGUUUAUUAACUAGCAAAAAAUUACCAAAGGACAGCUUUUCAAAAUUUUUUGAUUUAAAGAAAACUUUGUUGGGGGACAAAUAAGCUGAAUUUUGUGUCUUGUUUAAUGUUUUGUUUCAAUUUUUUCUGUUAAUUCCUUCGUUAAUAAUAUAAUUGAUUUGUUUCGCAUGGACUUGAGCGUUUCUCUCUUUAUAACGACAUCCGGAUUCUCUAUAGCGACAGUUUUUAUAGCGACAUUUCUCUAUAACGACGGUCCCUUGCGAUGUCGCUAUAGAGAGCUUUCACUG